AUGUUGGGUAGGGAACUGGAGGUUCCGCUGGAUGCUAUAUCUGAGAGACCUCCUGAUGCAUUACAACUCCCGACGGACUAUGCUCAAGCUGUUCAAAAGAGAUUGAUUAGUGCGCAUGAUUUGGCCAGGCAUCAUUGGAAAUUGACAGCUGUACGACAGAAGAGGAACUGCGAUAAACGGCUAGCUGAUAGACCAUUCGUUAUUGGUGUUUGGCUCCAUAACGUUCGAAGGAAGAAGGGAAGAAAUGCCAAAUUUGAUUGUCCUCUUGAAGGACCCUAUCUUGUAUUGUCAGUGCUGCCGGAUGUGGUGUACCGUAUCCGGAAGCGCGGAAAGGCCAACCCAAGGUCGCUCAGUUUAGACCGGUUAAAGCCUUACGUGGGAACCCCACUAGAGAUAUGUAUUCCAAAAAGGCAGACACAGUUAUCGAGCCUAAGAGAAGAGGGGAGAGAGACAUCAGGUGUGGAUUCUUCAGUUUUUGUCGACGACGGACAGUCAACUGCAGUUAAGGAGAGACAGGGACUUGAACUUGACGAAACAGAAUCUAGAGCAGGAGACAAGGAUGAUGUUUCCCCGAGACCUCAAGAUGCUGAUUGCAUUGGGGAUGAUAACGGUGACUAGCCUGUCGAUGAUGUGAGGGAACCUGAACCUCGUGCAGAAUUGACAACUUCUGUUGCAGAUGACCAUAACUAGCUAGGAGGGUGUCGGCUGUCAAACAGCCGAGUCGACUGGGAGUGAUUCCAGUGUUUGUAGGAGACCUUCAAGGCAGCAAAAGCCACUAAGUUGAUACGGAACUUGGGUGACUGAUUAACCCGAAGUGUUCAGGGACUGAUAAGCAUUGUAGGACAAUCUGGGUAACUAGACAAGUACAAAUUAAUACCAUUCAUUUCCUAAGAAUUGUAGACGUUUGGCAUGUUGAUGAACAGUCGUUAGGGACUCUUAGUCUGUUGUGUUUAAGUGAUGUUGCGAAGUAACUAAAAGGAGACUGUACGUGGUAGCAGAUUAAAAGAUGUGUUGUUGAUUUAACACUGUGUUUUAACUGAGGAUUGUGGCAUUACAAUGGUUUUAAUUUUCAGAAAGCAAACAACUUAUUUCGAGAGUUACGCUGGUUUUAAGCCGAGCAGUACAAAAGCUUACGAUUUUUUUUGAAAGUCCUACGGUGUAAAAACUAUUACUUAGUCCUCUGUGAUAUAACUUAAAUAGAGUUGUAUAUACAUCAGUGAUUUCUAGAGUAAUUUGGACUAACAAAAGGCGCGAGAGUGCAUUUUCCGCAUUUUCAAGUGCUUAUUUAUUCCAAAUUGCAUCAGAAAAAUCAUUUGAUGCCAACGAUUCGCGAACUUUUUUCACUUUCUUUUAGGCUAGUACCCGCCACAAUUGUUUUCAUCAUAUUGCUAAUGGUGUCUUCGCCCAUUGGAUGAGUUUUGAAGCAGAUGUUGUCAUUCAAUAGUUUUCUGUUUGCACCGCGUAUUACAUACAUACGGCCAGAAAGACGUAUCCUUUACUGUGUUCGGGUUUUGGAAAUCAUUACCUCUUUUAUCGUUGUUUCACUUGCAAAACCAAAUCGUUGUUUGCUGAAAACCCCAGCCAUUUUCCUGCGCGUCUUACCUCAAAUUUUCCGCCAAUAUAAUGCUAUAGAAACAUUCCCAAUCUGACUGGCUCUCGUUGGUUUCUUUUGUUUUUUCAACCAAUCAGAAACAUUUUUAAUUUGCUCUCGUGUUACAAAUUUGCUCUUUUGUUACGAGAUAACUGUACUCCUUUUUCAGCCAAUCGUGUUUUCCUGUAUAUUAGGGAGUUUAAGAUAGAGGAACGGAGACGUAAGAAUAACCAUUUCCAGUUCACUGCACAUGACAAAAUGUCAACCUUGGCCCGAGUUGGCGCGUUGUUGUUUUUCACAGACGUGAUACAUAGGUGUUCCGUGUUGCUGGUAAAACGUGAGUAUUUUAAUCACCUUUAUUGCGUUUUGUAUAUUUCUGUUAGCACUGUUUGGGUGUUUCUCGAAAGUGUAAGGGUUUUUUUGUUAAAGAACUCUUCUAAAAGUCAAUUUUUGUGCUUGUACUUUAGAUUAUUUAAAAAACAAGCAAACUGACAGAGGAUCUAGCUUGAGGAAUGGCGUCCAGCGCGAAACAAGUGAGUGUUUUGGUUUGUUUUCCAAUUCGUGAACCCAUUACCUGAAAAAGUUGUUGAGAAAAAUGUUUCUUUUCAAUUCGUUUGCAUUUCCUGCAGAAAUAAGCAACACAGAAUAACUGAAUUUGUACUGUAAAACAUUUUGCAACUAGUCAUCAUGUCGUGUACUUUUAGAAAGUCCCCAUACAUUGAAGACUGCUUUCGGGGGUAAACAAGUUGAAAUGAUUUUGUUAUAUUUAUUUCGAACAUCUCGUAUUCGAAUUAUAAGUUCGACCCAAAUCUUGGCGAGGGUCUUUGUAUAUUUACCUCCUUUCAUUUCCCAGAUUCUGGACUUUAUCUGUCGAACGGUUUUGAUUUUUAUUUUGAUCUAUUUUGAAUGACCUGACACUGAAAACCAGCAAUACUUUGGCCUGGAACACAACUGGAUAAUUAGCUUAUCUUCCUGAGAUUUUAAGUGAUUUUGGGAUAGGAGCACUUCCCCAGGAAUCCCUAACCCACUUUAUUUCUAUUUCAGAAUUAUGAACUGGACACCUCUGCACGACCUUGUGUUGUGUAAGGAGAUCAUUUUUGUCAACCCUUACAGUGCCAAAAAAAAAGUCCAUUCAACGUAG